CGCCAACAACAGCCCACCCCAGGCGUCGAUGAUGACCAAGAUCAUGAGCAUGGCGAAGGCGAACUAUGUCGCCACGACCACGAUCACGAGACGCUGAGAAAUCGGUACCGCAAAGACGUGGAAGAAGCGGACCAGAACAUCGCCAUUCCUGCCAGCUCGAAGCAUGCUGAACAGGCCGUCGCACCGUUCCUCACCAAGCACAUACCCAUGCAGUACAAUCCUGCCGGAAGCUCAUCGUAUACCACCUCACAUGCGCAGUCGCAGGACACGCAGCAGGGCAGCACAAAGUUCUGUUACCGUCAUCGGCCCGACCUAAAGUGCCGGCGGCAGGCAAACGAGCCGUCAAUGGAACAGUUGCAGAACGAGCUGGCUAGUCUCUCACAGUCUGAUCAGCAGGCCAUAUCACACGUCUGGUCCUUGUUUUCUGCUGCGCCUGCAAAGCAUCGCAACCUGAUGCUCGAAGGCAUCCUUACUCAAUGCUGUUUCCCACAGUUGUCCUUCAUCUCCGCCAACGUGAAGAACCUGAUCAAGAUCGAUUUUCUCUCCGCUCUACCGCCCGAACUCGGUUUCAAGAUCUUGUGCUCACUUGAUACUCCCUCACUGUGCAGAGCUGCCCAAGUUAGUCAGAGAUGGCGCAGUAUGGCGGACGAUGACGUGGUGUGGCACAAGAUGUGCGAGCAACAUAUUGACAGGAAGUGCACCAAAUGUGGCUGGGGUCUACCAUUGCUGGAGAGGAGGAGAUUAAGACGAGAAAAGAGGCAGAUUCAGCUAAGAGGAGCCGGCAGAGGCCUGAACGAGUGGUCUCCGGCCAUUACACCGAUUCCGCAAGAGCCAUUGGCUGCUGAAGGACUCGGAGUUGCCGCUCCUCACGCACCAGCGAAUACUGGCAUGAAGCGUCCUGCCGAUAGCGGGAUCGGCUCGCCUGAGGUUGCCAAGCGUGUGUGCUCCCGCGCAGUCUCUGCCGACCUCGUAACGGAUCACGAAGACUCGUAUUUCACGCCGAAGCGUCGACCGUGGAAGGACGUGUACAAGGACCGCUUCAAGGUUGGGACGGCAUGGAAGUACGGACGUUGCAGCACGAAGAUCUUCAAAGGUCACACCAACGGCGUCAUGUGUCUGCAAUUCUGCGAUAAGGAUAACGUUCUUAUCACCGGAUCGUACGACAGCACGGCCAAAGUGUGGGACAUCAACACCGGCGAGUGCGUGCGGACGCUUACCGGACACACGAUGGGCAUCCGAGCGCUGCAAUUCGACGAGAAGAAGCUGAUGACCGGAAGUCUGGACAACACUGUCAAGCUGUGGAACUGGCACACCGGUCAAUGUUUACGCACUUUUAACGCGCAUAGCGAAGGCAUCAUAACGCUGCAUUUCUCCCCAGAUGGGCGCUGGCAGGCAAGUGGCUCGCAGGACAAGACGAUCCGCGUGUGGGAGUGGACUACGAAGCAGACCUUCGUGCUCCGAGGACAUACCGACUGGGUCAACUGCGUGCGCAUCGACGAGGCUUCGCGGACACUGUUCUCCGCUUCCGAUGACUUGACUGUCCGCUUAUGGGACCUGGAGACUCGCGAAUGCGUCAAAGUUUUCGAGGGUCAUGUUGGGCAGGUCCAGCAGGUGCUACCGAUGCCCGCCGAGUUCGAGCUUGAUGAGUCUGUCUUCGCGCCCGUGGAUAAGGACGACGAUGCUAGUAGUGUCAGCUCCUUCACUCCAGCGGGCCAGCUCUCACAGGAUCGCCGCGCAAGCCCAGUGCCAUGCCCGGAACCCUUCUGGCCGAAUGACCACAGCCGUCCUGCGCCGCCACGGUACAUGUUCACAGGCGCUCUGGACUCGACGAUCCGACUCUGGGAUGUGCAUGUGUCGAACCAACAACAGCAGCAGCAACAACAGCAACAAACCACCGCAUCAAACUCCGCCUUCGUCGCCCUGCCCACCGACCCUUUGACCAACUCCCAUACCCCACGCGCCCAAGCCUGCAUCCGCACCUUCUUCGGCCACGUCGAGGGGAUCUGGGCCUUGGCCGCUGACCACCUGCGUCUGAUCUCCGUGUCGGAGGAUCGGAUGAUGAAGGUUUGGGACCCGCGGACGGGGAAGUGCGAGCGUACGUUUGCGGGCCACGCGGGACCGGUGACGUGCGCGUGGUUGAGCGAUAGUAGAGUGGCGAGUGGGAGUGAAGAUUGUGAGGUUAGGAUGCUGAGUUUUGGGGAG